GCGGAUGUAUUUUAGAGACACACAAGGAAGUGAUACCCGAGUACUUCUGUUUUUAUUAUUGUGAGUUUGAAACCUCCGAGAUAACUUUGAUUUCAACGCACACGACAAAAUGUCUUCAGACUUCGAAGCCUACGAGCAAGACUUUGGAACCGUUACGGCGGAAAUUACCAACAAAAUCGGCAGAAUUCCCAAGCUGGGUGGAGAGGAGAAGACUCAGCUGGUUCUAAAUGUCGACAAACAGCUUGAAGAAGUCAGAGAGUUGUUGGAGCAGAUGGACCUGGAGGUGCGGGAGAUCCCCGUCCAGAGCCGUGCCAUGUACAACAGUCGCCUGAAGAGCUACAAGCAGGAGGUGGAGAAGCUGGAGAAGGACUUUAAAAGGUCACGUAUCGCCUACAGUGACGAGGUGCGCAAUGAGCUCCUGGGGGACGACGCCAGCUCCUCGGAGAGCCAGUUGAUAAAGUUGCGCGAAGAGAGAGCGCAUCUGUUGGACAACACAGAGAGGCUGGAAAGGUCAUCGCGACGACUAGAGGCCGGCUACCAGAUUGCGGUGGAAACCGAACAAGUGGGCCAAGAGAUUCUCUCCAACCUUCACACCGACCGCGAGAAGAUCCAGCGGGCCAGAGAGAGGCUGCGAGAAACGGACGCCAACUUGGGCAAGAGCUCUCGCAUCCUCACCGGCAUGUUGAGAAGGAUCAUCCAGAAUCGCGUGCUGGUCUUCGUCCUGGGAGCCUUCAUCGUCCUCACCAUCAUCCUGGCCAUCUAUUUCAAUCUGCGGGGCCGCUGAUCUUCCAAACACACACACACACACACACACACACACACACACACACGCACACAAACACACACAUGAUUAAUAGCGACAAAAAGCGUUGUUGGACUGUAAUUAGGACAAAUGGUCACCAUGAAUCAAGCUUUUCCAACGGCUGACAAGGAUUUUUUUUUUUUUGUAACCC